CCAAAAAUUUUUGUCUUGUUUACAGAGUUUUUUACAUUUUUGGGAACAGCGUAAUUAUAUAAGCUGGAGACGCAUUUUCCGUCAUUAAUUGUUGUGCACAAUUUGUAUCAGUAUUCAAGUGGCAAGAAGCAUGGCGAAGAACACGAUUAGCAGCUCAUUCCGAGGCAUUGACGUGGACCAGUAUGGCGAGGAUGUGUACAAAGACGAUGAAGCUGCCGCGGGAGACCCUUCGAGUCCUGGCCCCGACGAAACGGAAAUCAACAACCUCUUAGUGCAAGGCAAACAUGUGGAAGCCUUGAAGGUGGCUCUUGCUAAAGCUCCGUACAACACCAAACAACAGGCUGUCAAAGACAGAGCAAUGCAAAGCAUCCUGCGCAUUAUGACGGGCAUAAAAUCCUCAGAUGUGGAUGCUGCGCUGCAGUCCAUGCCUAAUCUGGAUCACAUCGAUACGCUUAUGAAAUACAUUUACCGAGGCUUCGAAUAUCCUCAGCAUAGUUUGAUGCUUUUGAAUUGGCAUGAAAAGGUUUUCGCAAUUGGGGGCGUCGGCAGUGUUGUGCGUGUUUUGACAGAUAAAAGGCGACUUUGAUUGGGAAAUUUGUCUCUGUGGAUGGACCAGCUACCGGUAGCUUUAGAAAUCUGCAUGUUUUUUUAUAAUUUUAUGGGUUUGACUGUUGUUGGUGCUUGUAUAUUAACAGAAGUGAGCUAUUGGUAUAUGUCACAGUUAGCUUCUACUUAUUUUAAUGUUGAUUUCGAUGAAAUGUGCAAGCGUACAGUUACUAGCUUUUACAUACAGUACUUGUUCCUCUCCAUAAUACAAAGUUUUUUAUAAUUUUUGUUGUCUUUAAAUUGACUGAAAAGAGAGCAAAAGUUGAAGUCAGAACGAA